AUGGGUGUCAAAGGCGGCUGGGAUCUUCUGAACCCUACAAGCUCUGUAUCAUUCGUCGACUGGUCUUCCCAGAAGAUAUCCACCAGCGCUAUUGUGAAGAAGAUGCCAAUCUGGUUAACCAAUGAUUUCAAGCGACUGCUGGAAGGAUUUGGGUUCUCCUAUUGGGACGCUCCAGGUGAAGCAGAGGCCGAGCUUGUGAUGCUCUCGCGCCUUGGCCGGAUUGAUGCUGUGAUGUCAGAGGACUUUGAUACCAUGCUAUUUGGUGCUCAGCAAGUGAUUCGGAUCAAAGAGGAAAGCGACUCCAAAUAUCUGAUUGAGGGGGUGAUUAUGAUGAUGGAAUUCAAGGAUGUGGCAUCCAAACUGCAGCUAAUAUCGCAAAUUGAUGAUUAUGCUGCUGUUGCCUCCGCAUGGCGUCGGGACCUUUGCACGGCAUUGGAAAAGCAGGGGGCUGGCCAUCUUCAUUCUCGGCAGCGUUCGCUAGCUUCACGUAUCCCGCUUGACUUCCCAAAGGUGUUGGUUCUCAUCCAAUAUAUUCACCCAGUGACAUCCCAAUCCAAUGGGGUGGGUAAUCUACCUGCCGCUCCAUCGCUGCGUCAACCGGACAUAUCCCAACUCGCAAAGCUAUGUGAGGAGCUCUUUGUUUGGGGACAUUCGAUGGGCAUCAUCCUGCAAUUUCCGUGA